CCCGAAGCGGUUGCAAUCGGCUUUAAUCCCAUUCGUCUCAGCCUGGCGCACCACCUCGACGCCAUGGGGGUGCUUCGUCGACCAGCCGGACUCGCGCAGAAGACGCCCGCGCUCCUCCACGUCGUCCUGGGGAAGAGCCCAGGAGAGACUUUAAGGAGGGAUGGCGACCAGGCGUAUUCGCUGACUGCGCAGCGGAAGGCGUGCACGUCCACGUUCGACCGCAAGUUCGGCAAGAAGAAGUGGAAGGUGAUUCAGUGGCACACUCGGGACGUCUCCGCCCGCCAGUCAAAAGCUUGGCCGAAGCAACUGAAGGCCAUCAUCGCCCAGGCGAAGGCGGACGGCGCCAUCUUGGCGACCUCCGCGGUGUGCCGGAUGCUCCGGUCCAAGCGCGACUGCAUCACGGUGGAAGAUGCCAACGUGCGCCUCCUCUUGUGCGAGCACGACGGCAUCGACGCAUCCACGCCGACAGGGCGAUACUUCUUCUGCCAGCAGGUGCUCAGCGCGGAGCUCGAGGCUCGUCUUUGCGGAGAACGCACCAAGGCAGCGCUGCAGGUGGCGAAGGGCAAGGGCAUGAAGCUGGGCACGCAGAACCCCAAGGUCAGGAACAAAAGCGCCUGGAGCCAGCGCGACGCAGCGCUGGACCGGGCGCGGGCUCUCUGGCCCAUGAUGGGGAAGGCGGUGGAGGCCGGGCACGGCGCGCCGUGGAUUGCCGACAUGCUCAACGGCAAGACCAAGGCGAAGAAAAUCAACAACUGCAAGUGUUUCCACGCCGGGCCCGUGCAGCGGAUCAUGAAGCGGCAGAAAAAACUGAAGCUGUUCUGA